CAUCGUUGCUCUGCCGACUCUCAGCUUCGACCUGCGCACUCUGCCCGUGGACUUCGUGGAGUGCCUCAUGCGCUUCCAGCCCACCGAGAACGAGGUGAAGACCCUGCGCCAGUUCGAGAAGGAGCGCAAGCCGCUGGAGAGCCUGACUGACGAGGACCGCUUCAUGAUGCAGUUCAGCAAGAUCGAGCGGCUCAUGCAGAAGAUGACCAUCAUGGCCUUCGUCGGCAACUUCGCGGAGAGCAUCCAGAUGCUCACGCCGCAACUCCAUGCGGUCAUUGCGGCGUCGGUGUCCAUCAAGUCAUCACAGAAGCUGAAGAAAAUUCUAGAGGCACGUGAGCUCAUUGUCUCGAUUCUGUAAAAAGCCAGCAGGAGUAGUCUG